ACAGGUUGAUGACAAGGUCCUGGGGCAUUGCUCCAGUGACAGGCCUCAGGGUGAUUGUCUGAGAAUGGGAUAUCUGGAGCCUCUAGGCCUGGAGGAGAGGGGGAAAGAGGGUGAGCAAAACACCAGAGCAAGAACACUUCUUUCUGGAAAUGUGAGACUCCUGGCGCAGUCUGUUGUGGCGCAGGUGGCCCUGGACUGGGGGCCCGGACCCCAAGGUUCUAAAUACUGCUCUGUGGCCAACUGCCUAGGGAACCUUGGGCAAAUGCCUUCUCUCUGGACCCCAGGAUUCCUGCCUGUAAGAUGAGAGUAAGCCAAAACAAGGGGAUGUGUAUUCGGGCUGGGGGUCUUUGGGGAGUCUGGUUCCUGGUGGCAGCAGGGGAACCCUCAGCAACCACACAAUCUUUACCCAGCUGUUGCCUGACCUCUUUUCAGGACCUGACGAUUCUGUGAACUGAAAAAUCCACCUUUUUCCCCAGCCCGUUCUGAGCUAUAGCAGAGUCCUACCUGCAGGGUGCGCUGAGGGCUCACAGCCGACAAAACCAAACUGGAGCUCGUCGGGUUUUUUGUUUUAUUUAUUAAGAGGGGUGAAUUUUUGAAACCUUUUUGAAGAUUUCUGUCCUCAGGAUACAAUCGAUGAACCUGAAUUAUAUGUAUUGCCCAACAUCAGUUCUUUCCACAGUGGCUCUGGAGCUAAUUUCAAUUCCUUUGUUUUCCGGAUGAGGAAAAAGAUUCCAAGAGAUGAAAAAAAAUUCACUUUGGGUCACAUAGCUAAAACCUAGCACCCUACUUGCCUGACUGCUGGGCAGUGCUCUUAGGAGAGAGUUGGCUCUGUUUUCAAGAGUCUGUGGCUGUUGUGCCCCCUAAUGCACAACUCCUGGGUACAGUUUCAAUUUUGGUUGUAUAGCUUGACAGCUCAGGACCUGUCAGCCAGAAGGACCUCCCUCAGCACCUAGCAAAAUGCCUGCUUAAUGAGUAAUUAAAUGAAUGAAUGUAUGAAUGAGCCACAGAGGUUGAGUCUGCUUUGGUUUUAUCAAAUAAACCAGCUGGAGUUGGGUUUCUUUCCUGAAAUUCCCCAAGGCAGAAAUUAAAUUCUGUGAUGGGAGGGGAGCGCGUGGCAAAACAAUAAGAACUCAGAAAAUUACAUCUGGACUGAUAAAUCAAAGCCCCAGAUCUGGUCAGGGUACAAGAAUAUUCUACUAUAGUAAAGUGAUCCCAGAAUUGGGGAUUCGAAAAUUAAUUUAGGAAGAAUAAAUACAGAACAGAUGAGAAUCCCAUUAGGGUUAAAAUCUGCGAGAGGGUCUGAAGCUAAAGAAACCUCAGAAACAUUUCAAAUCCAACCUAGAUGUAUCUUCAGGACUGGAAUGUGAUUGAGGAAUAAAAAGAGCUUUGGCCAAUCAGUGGCCUCAACACAGCUGAUGCAAGAGUGGAGAGUAUGGCAACAGGAGGUGGAUCCUUCCGAGCCAAAAAUACAAGGCAUGGAGGAGGGGAGGAACAAACCCAGGCAAUGUCACCUGGCCAUGUCCUCCUGGGCUGAAAGCUUCACCGCUGGACUUCCAGAGCCCAGCACAGUGCCUGGUACACACUAGAUGGUCAAUAAAUGUUUAGUGAAUGAAAGAGAGAGGGAAGAAGCCGGAGCCCUAACCAGCAGUUUUGCUCUGAGUGGAGGUAGUUCAGGGAUUCAUCUUUUCACUGGCUCCUUUUGCUCAGAUUCCAACUGCCCUAGCCACCUUCAGAUGAUAAUUUGGCUUUUCAUGGAGGCUGUCCUAUAAAGAGGGAUGUACUGCCCCAUCAAUUAUAGGCCACUUGACAAUUAUGUUUCUCACUCCCAAUUAAUAUAUUGGAAUUCUGCUUUAUGCAUCAGUUCCUUGUGCCAGCCUGCUUCUUACAUAUUCAGGUCUUUCUCUCAUCAGUGGUGCAGUGGAAUUUCUGCUUUGGAGUCAUCCCUAACUAGGUUUGAAUCCUUACUCAACAUAUUACUAAGCCGUCUGAACUUUGUCAACACACCUCUUUAGCUUCAGUAACCUCAUCUGUCAAAUGGGCCAUAAUGCCUACUUCAUGAGAUUGUGGUGAGAGUUACAUGAGAUAACAGAUGUAUCCUGGACUGUUGUUGGAGCUCAGUAAAUGGUAGUAUCUGUGUCCCUUCUGAGCUUUCUUUCCAAGGAAUUAUGGGUCACAAAAUCUCAUCCAUUGAGAAUAUCAGUAUCUCUUGCUUUUCACAAAUUCACUAACUUUGUAAGUGAAGCCUUGGGAAUGAUUUAGUCGCUUCCUUGAAGGUUAUAAAGGGUCAUUUUACAAAGGAGAGCAACUCAUAUUCAUUAAUUCAAAAGUAUUUCCUGAGGACUUACUACACGCCAGUGGGGGUAGAGAGACACAGUUCCUGCCUUAAAGGAGUUCUGACACAGUCUGAUGCAGUCAAAAGAAGACAUUGUAUGACCUUGAUACAAAGUUUUACUUUUCUGAACUCGAGCUUCCUCACUUUGCAAAAGUGGUCAAUAACAUAUUCCAUUGUUAGUUGGAGAGAAGGGGUAAGGCAUUCAGACCCCAUAACAAUGCUGCUUCAAAUUUGAAGGCCAGUGGUACAAAAAGGUAGAAACAAUGUGUUGAGGAGUUGAACAGUGGGAGAGAUUAUUUUCAGCUGAGCUGAAGAAGCAAUACUGUCUAUAGGAAGCAGAAUUUUGAAGCCUUCAUUCAGGCCACAGUUACCAAUAAAGGCAUUGAUUGCUGGGUUGGAGUUCAGUGGCCAGAGCUUUGCAGAGAAAGGCUUGAAGAUCAAACAAGGAACAUGAAGGUGGCCGUGAUAGGGCUAGAAAGGUAAAUUGAGGCAGAUCUUGGCAGAUAUUGAAUGUCAAUCUACAGGUUUGACCUUUAUUCUGUAGCUGAUGAAAUACCAGUAAAGCUGAUCUAAACAUUGACAUUACAGAGUAGAUUUUGAAAAUAAAAGCUGAAUCUGACAUAUUGGGGUGGGGGGUGAUUUCAAGGGGAAUUCAAUUCAAAGGAAGAUUUAGUCAACAAGAACAUGUUAUUGGCAGGACAUUGUGCUAGGUGGCAUAGGGCAGAAGACAAAGAUGUUAAGGUGUGGACCCUGUCCUCAAGAAGCUUAUAAUCAAAAGGGUCAGAUAAGACAUGUACACAGAAUAAUACAACCCAAGGUAGACUGUGAUAAGUGUUAUAAUAGAACCCCAGCCCAAGUGCCUGAGCUCAGCAGAGGGUGAGAUUAAUUUACUUCCCCCAAGAGAUUGGAGGCAGGACACCAAGUCAGAGGGUCGUCUUUGGAAUCCUAAGCCUAGACCCAGGAAGUCUCAGAGGCGAUGUCGGAGGUCAUCCAGUCCACUUUUGCUCCUGUCGGGAUUCUCUGUCCCAAGUAAACAGUAACUUUAAAACUGAAACAAAAAGUGGAGCUCUGAAGAAAAACUGUGAAGAGGCUGUGGGAAAGGAAAAGAAGAAGACGAAUUCAGCUUUGAGGUGCUGAGGUGCUGGUAGAAGCGACUUACUUCCAAAUGGAGAGUUGAAGGCCAGGAAAUGGAUGAGAUCAGGGAGGGAGAGUGUGCCUGGAGAGAGGAAAAAUGAAAACAGUAACUAGGGGAACACCCACGUUCCAGGAGUGGGGAGGAGAAAGAGGAGUCAGAGAAGGAGUGGCCAGAGAGAGGUGAGAAAAAAAAAACAACAGUAGAAUACCUUGUUACAAAGUUUUUAGAAGAGGGGUAUGGAAGACAGGGUGGGAGGCCCCAAGGGAGCAGAAGAGGGGAAACUGCAGCAAUAGGGACUGAGGUUAGACCAGAGGUUGCCAUGGACCUUUCAAUGAAUGAAGGCUUUUCCAGAGACUCCACAAAUAAGCUGGAUUCCCUGUGUCUGGUACAUUUUAAGAUGGAGCCUUCCCGGAGGCCAGAGGAACCGGGCUAUGUGCUCUGAUCUCCAAAGAUCUGGCGGUCAGCUCUGUAAUUAGCACUACCUCUCCUAACCCGAACCAGUCCCUCCAGGAACUGAAAAGCUGAAGAACAUACUUGAGAGGGAUUUCACACCCGGCUCUCUGGCCCAGCCCGGUGAAGUCCCCUUUCGUCAUGCAGCUUUAAUGACUCUCCGGAAUGUCACUCUCGUCUGGUAUUGCCAGCAAUCUGACCAAACCCUCUUGCAAAAGUUUGCAGCAUUCGUCCGGGGCGGACUACAGCUCCCAGAGUUCCCGGGCGCUUCCCGGUGCCGAUUGGCUGAGCCGUAGGCUCCAGAGGGAGGUGUCGCCCCGCCUCCCCAGGAAACAGGCAUCUGAUUGGCUGCGGCGCGGGGCUUUUGUGUCCCCGCCCUUCCCCAGGGACCGCGGCGGGCAGAGCGGAGCUGCUAGUGUCAGAGCCCGGAGAGCGCUGGCAGUUCCGCGGUGGGGAUGCUGAGGAGCGCUGGGUUUGCGAGCAGCCGUGGCCACUGCGGACUUCCGAGGCGCUCCGGGCCGUGAAAACCCCUGCGCCGCGGCCAAUCCCAGGCUCCCGAGGCCAUUCACCAUCCAGAAGCCAGACGAGCGGGGAGUCCAGCGCAGCGGCGGCCGUUCCCGGAUCCUGGGCUUUCAGAGCCUUCUGGAACCCCGAGAGACACCGCGGGGCUCUAGAACCUCCCCAGCGGCCCGCAGUCCCGGCUUCCUGCGCGCGUCGGUCCGAAAGCCCCUCGGGUGCACGGGCGGUCGGCGAGCCGCGGCUGGGUCCUGGCGCACACCAUGAUCGUUGCGGACUCCGAGUGCCGCGCCGAGCUGAAGGGCUACCUACCCGGGGCCGGAGAGGAGCAGAGGGAGAGCCGGGUUCGGCGAGGCCCUCGAGGGCCCAGCGCCUUCAUUCCAGUGGAGGAGGUCCUUCGGGAGGGAGCCGAGAGCCUCGAGCAACACCUGGGGCUGGAGGCGCUGAUGUCCUGCGGGAGGGUGGACAACCUGGCAGUGGUGAUGGGCCUGCACCCCGACUACUUUACCAGCUUUUGGCGCCUGCACUACCUGCUGCUGCACACGGAUGGGCCCUUGGCCAAUUCCUGGCGCCACUACAUCGCCAUCAUGGCCGCCGCCCGCCACCAGUGCUCCUACCUGGUGGGCUCCCACAUGGCUGAGUUUCUGCAGACUGGCGGUGACCCUGAGUGGCUGCUUGGCCUCCACCGUGCCCCCGAGAAGCUGCGCAAGCUCAGCGAGAUCAACAAGCUGCUGGCUCAUCGGCCGUGGCUCAUCACCAAGGAGCACAUCCAGGCCUUGCUGAAGACAGGCGAGCACAGCUGGUCCCUGGCCGAGCUCAUCCAGGCCCUGGUCCUCCUCACCCACUGCCACUCGCUAGCCUCCUUCGUGUUCGGCUGUGGCAUCCUCCCUGAGGGGGACCCCGAGGGAAGCCCCGCCCCCCAGGCCCCUUCACCCCCCAGUGAGCAGAGCACACCCCCCAGCAGGGACCCACUGAACCACUCUGGGGGCUUUGAGGCUGCCCGCGACGUGGAAGCUUUGAUGGAGCGCAUGAGGCAGCUGCAGGAGAGCCUGCUGCGGGAUGAGGGGGCCUCCCAGGAGGAGAUGGAGAGCCGCUUUGAGCUGGAGAAGUCAGAGAGCCUGCUGGUGACCCCCUCAGCGGACAUCCUGGAGCCCUCUCCAAACUCAGACAUGCUGUGCUUUGUGGAAGACCCCACUUUCGGAUACGAGGACUUCACCCGGCGGGGGACUCAGGCGCCCCCCACCUUCCGCGCCCAGGAUUAUACCUGGGAGGACCAUGGCUAUUCACUGAUCCAGCGGCUCUACCCCGAGGGUGGGCAGCUGCUGGAUGAGAAGUUCCAGGCAGCCUAUAGCCUCACCUACAACACCAUUGCCAUGCACAGCGGAGUAGAUACCUCCAUGCUCCGCAGGGCCAUCUGGAAUUACAUCCACUGCGUCUUUGGCAUCAGAUAUGAUGACUAUGACUACGGAGAGGUGAACCAGCUCCUGGAGCGGAACCUCAAGGUCUAUAUCAAGACAGUGGCCUGCUAUCCAGAGAAGACCACCCGAAGAAUGUACAACCAUUUCUGGAGGCACUUCCGCCACUCAGAGAAGGUCCACGUGAACUUGCUGCUUUUGGAGGCCCGCAUGCAAGCCGCCCUGCUCUAUGCCCUCCGUGCCAUCACCCGCUACAUGACCUGACUCGUGUGCAGGACCUGGGCCUGGAGCAGCUGACCCUGGAGGCAUCCUUCUCCCUGCAAGGACUUCUCUGUCUGGAGACAGACCCUAAGCCUGCCUGUCCCACGCCCACCCACCCUAUUCUGGUGGUGGGCCUGUGUGUGAUGUGCAGCCCCUGAGCCACACCCUCCUUCUCACUGGAAUGGACAGGAUCAUUGCACUGACUCUGGGAUCUCAGCUCUGCCCCUGGGAGCUGGAAGAGGACUAGCAAAUCUCCAGGCGCCAAGGCCCUUCUUCCUGCCCCUACCCCCAGAGGCCAAGGGCACAGGAAGGAAAAUGGGCUGAGCUCAGACUUGUGUGCCAGCAGGCAGGGGCCCGGGCAGCACAAGUACUUUGGCCUUCCUGGCCUGGGAAGUCCCUGGCUGGCCCCCAAGGGAGAGGGGCAAACACCUCCAGGGACUGACACUCCAAGCGGCUUUGCCUUUCCUCCUGCUUCCUCAUUCUCAGACUUCAUUACCUCCCACCUGCCAUUCAUCCAUCAAUGUGAAAGUCAGGGUCACAGCUGGUUUGUGCGUCUGGCUCCCCAAAAGCCUGUUCUGUUAGGCAGCCUGCAGGCCUCUCGUCCCCUGGUUGCCCCAGUCCUAGUUCAGUUCCUUUGACCUCCUUUGUUUGCCCUUUUACCCUUUUCUCCCACACCUGGUGGUAUGAGGCCCCAGGAGAGAGACCAAGCACAUCAAAAAGCAGAUUAUCUCUAGAGAGUCUGGACUCUCUGUUGGUCACUUUGCCUUUAGAAGAGGGAGUAUUAUAUUAUACAUUCUCUGUAUUUCGGUUUUAUAUGGGUGAGGUUCUUCAGGGCCUCAACCCUAGAGCCAUAGUCAGUGUCUGAGAGAAGGACAGGGAAAAAUCUGUCCUCCCCAGAGCUGUACCUGCCCUGCAGAAGCUGGCAUCCCACUUUGCUAUCUCCCAUGGCUCUGCCACAAACAUUUGCCAAAAAAGCAAGCCUUUCUAGGUGGUUUAGGUGGUACAUGGCUCAGGGGGAGAGGCAGGAGACCCCAGGGUUCUUGUGUGGGCCCUGGCACUGGCCAGGUGACCUCCAUUUCCACAGUUGCAGACUAAGGGGUAGUUUCUGAGAUAUUUGAGCCUUCACUCAGAUUCUGAGGCCAGCAGCCAACUGCAAUCCUUGCAGGAUCUUGAGGGCUUCUGGGGAGCCCCCCCUCUUGUAGUCAGUCUCUCCGGGCUACCUACAAGGACCUCCCCACCCCCAUCCCAAUUUCUGUCCAUUCUCCUCGGUUUUAGGUGGAUUGCUUGAAGGCAGAAGCAGCCGAGGACUGAUCCCAGGCACUUUCUGUAGCAAACGAGCUGUGAAUUAUGACUUCCCUUGCCCUUCUUCCGGCAGUAUGUGCCUCCCCUCUGACCAGUUGGGAGGUGACUGAAGAAAGGCAAGGGCCAAGCUGCUGCUGCUUCUGACCCUCCCCUCUGGGGUGGGGCAGGAGAGGAGCCUGGUCAUUGUGCCACAUUUCAUACCCGUGCAGGCAUGGGCAAGCGGCUGGCACCCCCUUCAGGCCUCAAAGCCCUCCCUGCAAUGAAGCUGUUCUCUCAAGGAGAGAAGAGGCCCCAGCAUUGGGGUUUGGAUUCCAGAGGGGACAAGAUGACUGUACGUGUCCCCGGGUGGGUGGGAUGGAGUAUUCAGUGUUCAAGUGCAGAAAUCUUUGCCUUUGCUACCAGUUCUGUAUGAUGAGAAAUAAAAGUUCGCUGAGGUUUUGUUUUGUA